CUCGAAACAAAUGACAAAUGACUGUGAAUGAAAAGUCCUAUUCUAUUGUGAACGUGAACAUCUUGCUUGGGAGCUGCAAGUUAAAAAUUUAAAUACCAAGAGCAUGAAUAUUUUGGUAUUUCUAACUGAAAAUGCCUUUCAGAAUUUGUAUGGUGUCGGAUUUUUUCUUUCCAAACAUGGGUGGAGUAGAAGAGCACAUAUACAAUCUUUCCCAAUGUCUCUUACAAAAAGGUCAUAAAGUAAUAGUCCUAACACACAGCUAUGAGGAUCGAGUUGGUGUUCGGUACAUGACAAGUGGUCUCAAGGUGUAUUAUUUACCAAUUAAAGUGUUCUAUAACCAAUGUGUUCUUCCAUCAAUGGUUUCAAAUGUAGGUCUUAUAAGGUACAUUCUUGUAAGGGAGAGAAUUGAUAUAAUUCAUGGCCAUUCUGCGUUUUCCGCUUUAGCACAUGAAGCUUUGUUGAUAGGAAAUUUGAUGGGUAUGAAGACAGUAUUCACGGAUCAUAGCCUGUUUGGAUUUGCAGAUGCAAGUGCUGUGAUAACUAACAAAUUCAUACACAUUUCAUUAUCAGACUGUAAUCAUUGCAUUUGCGUUUCACACACUGGAAAGGAGAAUACAGUAUUAAGAGCUAAAAUGGAGUCUUGGAGGGUUUCUGUAAUUCCCAAUGCUGUUGAUACCUAUUCCUUUACACCAAAUGUGGAUCAGAGAUCAAAGAAUAAAAGUAAGUUUACAGUUGUUGUGGUGUCCAGGCUGGUUUAUAGGAAAGGUGUCGAUUUAACAGCCCAAAUAAUUGGAGAUUUGUGUGACAAACACAAAGAAGUGUGUUUUUUGAUAGCCGGAGAUGGACCUAAGAGAGGGUUAUUAGAAGAAAUACGUGAAAGAAGAGGCCUUCAAGAUAGAGUUAUACUAUUAGGCGGCCUAGAACAUUCCCAAGUGCGAUCGGUGUUGGUCAAAGGAGAUAUAUUUCUUAACACAUCACUUACUGAAGCUUAUUGUAUGGCUAUUGUAGAAGCUGCGUCAUGUGGUUUGAAAGUAGUUUCAACAAGAGUGGGAGGAAUUCCUGAAGUUUUACCAGAUAGCUUGAUCUAUUUGACAAAUGCAACAGUUCCAUCCUUAAUGAAAGGUAUGGAAGAUGCUAUAAACGAUUUGAAAGCCGAAAAAGUGAUGUGUCCAUAUGAGUGCAAUAUUACAGUUAGGAAAUUCUAUAACUGGAAAGACAUUUCUUCCAGAACUGAGAUUGUGUACCAAAAAGUGAUUAAAGAAGCUAAUAAAGACUUGGGACAUCAUCUAAAGAGCUACUUGAAGAGUGGAGUUUGGCCUUUUGUAUUGGUUGUCUCUCUAGUUUAUUUAAUGUUAAGAAUUUACGAGUAUAUAGUACCACGGAGAAAUAUAGACAUAGCUACAGACUACAACCAAAAGACAAAAAAGAAAUUUCAAUAAGUACUAAAAUAUAAUGUUACACCCAAGUUAAAUAUUUUAAUGCAACUGUGAUAAUAUAUGUUAAAAAAGUUUAUUAGAACUUUGUAAUAUAUAUUUUUUUUAUUUGUA